AGAGGCCUGGGGAAGGUCCCUGCAGCAGAGUGGCCCUGGUCCCACUGGCAGUAUGGAGAGGUGUCAGCAUGGGGCUGGCUGGAGUGCUUUUGGGUGCUUUGGUGCUCCACAUGUGACCCCACCACUUGCUUUGCCCUAAUAGCUUGGUGGGUUUGGCUCAUGGUGCCAUCAAAGCAACUACUUUUUCUGUGACCUCCAUCCCCAUUCACUCACCUUGCAUCAUCUUGCCAGGCCCAUCAUUCACUAGCAAACCCUUGGUCUGGACAGGGCUUGUCCUGGGAUCAGAAGUUACUUGGUGGGAUGAUGCUCUGGAUCAUCGUCCUCUGUUUGCCAGGGAGCUCAGCUCUGUGGGCAGCACCCUGCCUGCAGCCAGGGUUGGGUGCUCUAUGGAUGCUCUAUGUUGGGCUGGUGUCUGGGGUGCAGUGAGGCAGGAGGGAGCAGCAGGGGGAUCAUCUCACCUCUGCCCCAUUCCUGGGAUGCUCCAGGGCAGCAGCCAAUACAGAUGUGAGGUCUGUGGCUGAAUUCCCCCAAAGGAAACAGCGGUUUAACACAGGAUCCAGGACUGCAGCUGGAUCACACAUCCAGCUCCUCACUUCUCCUUUUGAGCCCUAAAGCCCUUUUCGCUUCUGUUUCACUUUGGUUUUAUCUCCCCUCUGCCUGAGACCCGGUGAGGUAUUUGCUUCAGGGAAACUGCAGCAAGCGUGUUUGGGCAGCUUCUCUACAGGGCCAGGUAUUUGCUUUAUAUAGAUAAAAAACCCCCAACAACUAAGCAAACGUAUAGGUGCUGGUUGCUUAUGGAAAGCUCUCCUGCUCUAGAUAACCAGGCAGCUUCUUCGUCCUUAGUGCCUGUAAAAUGAACCAGUGGCUUUGCUCAGUGCAGCCAGGAGAGGCAGAGGAUUAUUUGGGAGGGACUGAAUUCAUGAAAGUGAGAGCUGAGGUAGAUGCUGAGCUUCAAGGCAGCUUGGGAUGAAAGAGGAACUGAAAACUCAUGGAUAAACACUGGGGAGAAAAAACCGUUCUCACCUGGAAAGACUUGAUGAAGAUGCCAAGUGGUUCCUGUAUGGGUUUUCCUUCACCUUGCAUCACUGCAUGCCUGUAGCAUACUUCCCCCUGCUUCUGUCCUCAGGAAUCUCGUUUCAGGAGGGGCAAAACUGUGGGGACAAGUAUCUUUCAUGUGAGGAGCCACGAACUCUGGCCAUCCUAUCCCUGCUUAUCCUCCCACUUGCCAUCAGCUGUGCUUCCAGGGGAGGAGCAGAGCCUUUGGGCUCCCCAGGAGCCCUCCUGCCGCAGCUGGGAGCAGUGCUUGGGGUAUCCCAGUGUGCCAAGAGACCUUCAGAGGGGCUCAGCCCUGAGCCCUGCACUCUGCUUUUGGGGGUAACUGUGCCUGCAUUUUGGGUGUGAAAAUGCAGUGGGGGAUCAGCUGUCUGUGCCGAAGUAUAUCCUUCAGUCGGGGGGAGGAUGGCUGGGAGGGAAGGAGGGAAGAGCCUGGAGCAAACUUGAAGGAAAAUGAACCUCCAAGCAACCCAGUCAAGCACUCAGCAAGUGGACACUGAGCCAGGGGCUCUGCUCGGACUUGGCUCCCUGCCCUGUGCUAGCUGCAGGUUCGAUGCCUUGCACUGUGCCUCAGUUUCCCCGUUGGCAAACAAGGGUUUGCUUUUCCCUGAAGCUGUCCCUGGGCUGAGGCCAUGCCCAGUCAAUCAUCCAUGCGUGAGUGCAGCCAGCUCCUUCCCGAGCCCAUUGCUGGUGAGGUGCUGGGGGCAGCAGGAGCAUCUGACCCGGUGCUCUGUGUUUCAGGAGGCUUUGGUGACCAUCCCCAUCCCAGGGAGCUGGGGAGCGUGUCCCAAGGAUUGGCUCUGCCAGCCCGGCAGCCUCGAGAUGGGCAGCUGCCCUCAGCGGGGCAGCGGGAAGAUGAGCAGAGGCAUAGCCCAUCUCCUGACGGCUCUCUUCAUGGCGGUGACGGCAGUGAUAGGCUACCCGUCACGGCGCUCUGCCACUGACCUGGAUGCCACCCCCAGGACAACAGUCACCUUUGAGGAGCUGUUGGGCGUCCGGCGCUUCAGAGCGCGCACCCUCAACUACAGCACCCUGCUGCUGGAGGAUGACCGUGGCAUCCUCUACGUGGGGGCCAGGGGAGCCAUCUUCGCCCUCAACUCCAGCGACGUGGCUGACGGCUCCCACCGCACGAUCCAGUGGGAAGCCUCCCCAGAGAAGCAGAUGGACUGCCUGCAGAAGGGCAAAAACAACAAGACCGAGUGCUUCAACCACGUGCGGUUUCUGCAGAGGCUGAACAGCACCCAUCUCUAUGCCUGCGGGACCUACGCCUUCCACCCGCUCUGCGCUGCCAUCGAUGCCAACAGAUUUACGUUGCCAUCAUACUUUGAGGAGGGCAAGGAGAAGUGCCCGUACGACCCUGCUCGUGGCUACACUGGCCUCAUCGUGGAUGGUGGAUUGUACACGGCCACACGCUACGAAUUUCGGAGCCUCCCUGACAUCCGGAGGAACCUGCACCAGCGGCCGCUGAAGACAGAGGAAUCCCCACUGCACUGGCUGAACGAUGCUGAGUUCGUGGCCUCUGUGCUGGUCCGGGAGAGCAAGGACAGCCCUGUGGGUGACGAUGACAAAAUCUACUACUUCUUCACGGAGUGGGCUGGCGAGGAGACCACAUCCUUCUUCGACAAGAGCCAGGUGGCCCGAGUAGCCCGGGUGGCCCGUGUCUGCAAGAGCGACGUGGGGGGGAAGAAGAUCCUGCAGCGCAAGUGGACAUCCUUCAUGAAGGCACGCCUGGUCUGCUACAUCCCCUACUACGAGGUGCUGCGCAGCGUCUGCAGCCUGGAUGGAGGCAGCUGGGCCAGCACCGUUUUCUAUGCUGCCUUCACGCUUUCGGCGCAGUGGAGGACCAUGGAGGCUUCGGCCGUGUGCCGCUACAGCAUCUCAGCAGUACAGCGUGCCUUCGAGGGCCCCUACAUGGAGUACCAGGACUCGGCUCACAAGUGGUCCCGCUAUGACGGUGCAGUGCCUGAGCCCCGACCUGGCUCUUGCAUCACGGACCGCUCCCGCAGGAAGGGCUACAACUCCUCGCAGGACCUGCCCAACAGCGUCCUGGACUUUGUGAAGCUGCACCCGCUCAUGUUUGAGGAGGUGAAACCGGCUGGCGGGGAGCCGCUGCUGGUAAAGAAGAGCGUGGUGUACAGCCAGCUGGCCGUGGACAGGGUGCAGGCCCUUGAUGGCCGCUCCUACGAUGUGCUCUUCAUGGGGACGGGGGAUGGCUGGAUCCACAAGGCUGUGGUGGUGGGCUCCGGCAUCCACAUCGUGGAGGAGGUGCAGGUGUUUAGGGACCCGCAGCCUGUGGAGAGCCUGGUGAUCUCCCAUGCCCAGAGAAGCCUGUACGUGGGGGGAGCCACUGGGAUCCUGCAGGUGCCCCUGGCCUCCUGCAGUAGGUACACCUCCUGCUAUGACUGCAUCCUCGCCCGGGACCCCUACUGCGCCUGGGAUGGCAGGUCCUGCUGCGCCACUGCCACCACAGACAGGGCAGGGCUGGUGCAGGACAUUCAGAGUGGCAACGAGGGAUGCCGGAGCAGCUCUGGGCGGGUGCUUGUCCCCACAGGCUCUCUGCCAUGGAAGAACCGGACGGUGCUGCAGGGGGACGACGUGCUGUUGCCCUGCGACCAGCGCUCCAACUUGGCACGAGCCGUCUGGCUGCUGAACGGCAGCGAGGCGCUGGACGCGGGGCAGGACCGGCUGCGCAUCGGGGUGGACGGGCUGCUGGUGACAGACACGCUGCCGCAGCACAGCGGCGAGUACCGCUGCUAUGGCGAGGAGCGUGGUCUCCGGACGCUGCUGGCUGCCUACAGCCUCACCGUGCUGACUGAGCUGCCCCGCAUCCCCACGGCCGCCUCACGGCCCCAUGCUAUCAGCCAGGCUGCCAGCGACAUGAAGGUGGCUUAUGUCUCUGCCAUCAUCGCCUUGGUGGUGCUGUGCGCCGUGCUCAGCACCGUCCUCCUCUAUGUGUCCUGCCUGGAGAAGCGCAAAGGCAAGUAUGUGCUGGGGGAUCCGCGGCCAGCCAGUGUGGAGCUGCAGACCGUCUCAGCCAACUGCCUGCGCAAGGGCCACCGGGAAGAGGAGGAGGAGGAAGAGCUCGCCUACCCCGAUGGCCGCCUGCGGAUCAUCCCUGGUGAGGCACCCACGGCUGCCACAUCCCCAGUGAAGGAGCUGCCGGCUGCUGUGCCCCCGCUGCCGCCACCGCUGCCGGCCGAGCUCACCAAUGGCGUGGGGUCUCUGCCCAAUGUGCUCCGCAAGAUGAAUGGCAACAGCUACAUGCUGCUGCAGCAGCAGGAGGAGCCGCUGGUCUCGCCGCUCUACAGCGCAUCCUUCACCGAGGAGCUCAGCAAGAUCCUGGAGAAGCGGAAACACACGCAGCUGGUGGAGAAGCUGGACGAGAGCUCCGUGUAGGGGCUGGGGGGGGUCCUGCCAGCGGGACCCUCCACCCCUCCAGCCCCUUCUCCCACCCCCUGCCAGCAGUGUUACAAGACUCAGGCAAAACUACCUCCUGGAUGGCACAGCCGGGCCAGGCCUGGGCUCGGCCAUUCCUGUGGCUUUUCUCUGACUUUUGAGACUCGCUAUACAGAAAAAAAGAAUCUAUUUAAAUUUGGAGCUCUAUUUAU